AUCAAUCGCGGUUCUCGUUCUUUUCUCUGGUCAUAGUUUGGUCGUCAGCUGUCACCUGAUCUGCAUUAUACUGUGCGAGUUUAUGUGCCAAGUUCGUACGAGAUUGUUUACUAUACGCCCGUUGCAGAAGAGAUACCCAACCAACGAUGGCCACCGAGUCGCGCGUUACUGCCGAGCGGCCCGUCAGCGAGGAGAGAAAGCCCCUGUCCCUCGACGACGUCAUAUCGUACGCCCGUAAGAUCACCUCUUUCAAAGGCGUCUGGAUAUCGGACACGGAAAUAUUCCACCAGGACGCCGAAUCCGCGUUCGUAUUCGACGCGACCACGAGGAGGAGCACGCUGAUUGCCAAGGAACCGAUUUUCAAAGACUGCGAGCUCUUCCUCAGCGCCGAUCGAAAUUACCUCCUCGUCAAGGGUCCCGAGACGAAGAUUCACUCCUACCUGCCCGUCAGCAAGUACAGCGUCUACCACGCGAAGAGCAAGAGGGUUGCGGACUUGGCCGACGGUCAGCUCCUGGCCGAAGCGGCCUGGGCCCCCCAAGGCAGUGCUCUGGCGUUCGUGCUCGACAACGACGUCUACUAUCAGCGGCUCGACGGCGGCUCCAGCGCGACGCGACGGCUCACGAGCAACGGCAAAGCCGAAGAAACGUUCAACGGUAUCAGCGACUGGAUGUACGGUGAGGAGGUCUUCCAGGAUCGCAGCAGGGUGCUCUGGUUUUCGCCGAGCGCCGACCACCUCGUCUUCCCGACUUUCGACGACAGCAGCGUCGACGACGUGAUUAUCUCGCGAUACAACAGCCCAGGAAACCUGGCCGACCAGUAUCCCGAGAUAGUCAGAUACAAGUACGCGAAGUCUGGAACGCCCAUACCGAGAGUCACGCUGAAUCUCGUGGAUCUGAGGAAGGACGAGUCCACGCUGAUUGAGCUGAAAGCUCCGAGCACGAUAGGAUCAGAGCCAAUUCUCUGGCCUGUCGACUGGUUCGACGAUAAGACGAUCGUGGCAACCUGGACAAACAGAGUACAAAAUCGAUCGCAAAUUGUCACUUACACGCUGGACGGCCAAUCUAAGUUGCUGUUGGGCCAGGAGUCACCGGAGGGCUGGUUACUUUGGGAUCUCGUCUAUUACACCCCAAAGUUGUGCAACGACUGUCUUGUUCUCGUGGAGCUGCAGCCGUCAGGCGACGAGAGUCUCGGCUCGUUCAAGCACGUGGUGCGUUACCGAAUGUCGAACGGCCGACUGGAGGACAGGACCGAUCUGACGCCCGGUGCCACGUGGGUCUGCAGGAUCGUGGACGUCGACGGGGCCAAGGGCGUCGUCUACUACGUCGCCAGUCCCGCCGGGCAGCCUUCGCAGAAGCAAUUGUAUCGGGUGAGCUUUCGCGAGACGAGCGACCAGCCCGAGUGCCUCACCGCCGAGCUGCGGACACCGGAAGGGAACGCGUGCAAGUACGUGAGCGGCGUGGCCUUCUCCAAGGGUCUGGCGUACUACGCGCUCACGUGCCACGGCCCGGAUCCAGCCUUCGUCGGCAUCCACGACUCCGAGUCGGGCGCGCAGCUCCACGAGUGGUUCGCCAACGCGGAGCUGCGCCGGACGCUCGUUGGUCGAGCGCUGCCCAAAGCCAUGGACGUGGACGUGCCGGUGCCCGGGGGCAGCGCCAAGGUCCGCCUGCUGCUGCCCAGCAGUUUCGAGCCCGGCAACAAGUACCCAAUGGUCGUGAAAGUGUACGGCGGCCCGGAGAGCCAGGCCGUCAGCGACGCGUUUGCAAUUAGCUUCGAGCACUACAUGGCCUCGAAGCGCCAAGUAAUAUGUGCGUUCGUCGACGGGCGCGGCACCAGCGGCAAGGGCACCGCGAUGUUGUACGCGGUUUAUCGCCGCCUGGGGAGUGCCGAGAUGGACGACCAGAUAAGCGUUACCCGGAAGCUGCAGCAGACGUACCCCUGGAUCGACAGCGAGAGGACGGGGAUAUGGGGCCGGAGCUACGGGGGCUACGCCACGGCGGCGAUUCUCGCCAGGGACCGCGAGGGCGUUUUCAAGUGCGGCAUCUCGGUCUGCCCGGUCACCUCCUGGCUCUAUUACGACGCGAUCUACACGGAGCGCUACAUGGGCCUGCCGAGCGCCGGCGACAACCUGAGCGGCUACGAGGCGAGCCAACUUACGAAGGACGCGAGCAGCCUGGCGGGCAAGAGGCUGCUGCUGGUGCACGGCAGCGGCGACGACAACGUCCACCUGCAGAAUUCGAUGGCGCUGAGCAAGGCCCUCGUCGAGGCGGACGUUCUCUUCGAGCAGUUCUACUACACGGACGAGUAUCAUCCGCUGAAGGGGGUGUACAAACACCUGUACGCCACCUUCGACAAGUACUUCUCCGAGUGGCUGGGUUACGAGCUGCGACAAUAAAAAGAAUAAUGAC